AUGGUUUCCACCGAGGAGGCGUUGUCGGGAUUCAACAACCCGGGCGUCCUCGCCGUGGGCUCCCUCUUCGUGGUAAUCAAGGGUGUGGAACGUUCCCGGCUUGCCGACAGAGCCGCCAAGCACGUCUUCGGGUUGAGGACCGGUUUUACCGCGGGCCUUCUCCGCCUCAUGGGCCUCGCCUUCCUCCUGUCGGCGUUCCUGAACAACACGCCGGUGGUGGCGAUGUUGAUACCCAUCACUAAGGACUGGGCGGUCACGCGAGGCUUCAACCCAGCGCUGCUGCUGAUGCCGCUUUCCUACGCGUGCAUCUUCGGAGGCCUGGUGACCAUCAUCGGCACCUCCACUAACCUCGUGGUGCAGGGCUUGGUGAUGGAGUGGGGCGAGGAAGGCCUGGGCUUCUUUGAGCCGGGGUACAUCGGCCUGCCUCUCGGGGUGGUGGGUAUGCUGUACCUCUCGGUUGCGGCGCCGCGCAUCCUCGCAGGGGCCGGGGGCGGCGACCGCGGCGGGCGUAGCGGAGAGCGGGAGGAAGAGCUGUUGACAGAGGUGCAGUUGUCGCACGACUUCGCGUACAUCGGAAAGCCCGUCGCGGUCGUCCUGGCACGACUAGGCCUCCCGGCCGAAUCUCUCAUCAAGAUCCGACGGAGGACAGCGGCGGCGGCGCCGAGGGUGGCGGCGGCGUUUCCAGCGGCAGUGAGCCCCCUGCGGGAGGUUUACCGGGACUUGGACAAUGGAAGGACCGGUUCGCCCGCGUUACCGGGUCGCAGAAAACGUCUGGAAGAAGGGCCGAGCUCCGCUGCUGCAUGCCCUUCUCCAGGCAGGGGGACUGCCGGCAGCAGCUCCUCCCCGAUGCGACGCCGGAAGGGUUAUCCCGGGACAGCAGACGGGCCGACUCCUGCUGUCGUCGUAGCCCGCGGCGCGGGAGCGCUGCUGCCGUCAUCGCUGUCGUCGUCCUCAUCGACGACCAUGGCCCUAUCCCCGUCGCAGCACUCAGGCAGACCAAGCGCGCUACCAUCGCGGGGUCGCCCUUUCUCGAGCGGUGUUGCCGGUAGAGGGCCGCCGAGCGGCACAGCCGACGACGACGACGACGACUUCGACGACAUCUAUCCCGUUUCCCCCUCGGAAGCCGUGCGGGCCGGAGACGUCCUCGUGGUGAGCCGGCCCCAGGCCACCAUGACCGCCUUCUUGGGGUCCGUCCUGAGCUCGGGCGAGAGGGGGCUCGAGGUGCUCGGCGCGAGCGCGGCGCAGCUGCAGAGAGCGCCGACAGCAGCACCGUCAGGCGACACGGCGGUGGAGCCCGCCGCUGCGUUCCUGGAGCUAGUCCUGUCCGGUCGCAACCACUUCGUCGGACGGCGGCCCUCGGGGCACGAGGGCGCCGCGCUGGCGUCUCGCUACGGUUGCCGGAUCCUCGCCGUGCGCCACGCCGCUGACAGCAGCAGGACGGCUCAAAGAGAGGGCGGGGAGAUGCUGGCGGCGCCCCUGGCGGCCGGGGGGGAUGUGGCCAUCUCCGCUCUCGAGCGCAGGCACGGGGGGCGGUCCUUUGCCCGUAAGGAGGAAGGCGUGGAGAGUCCCCUGCGCGGCGGGGGCGGCAGCGAAGAUGAGAGGCAACGCACCGCAGGGUCUGGCGCUGUCGUGCACGGCCACGAUGAUGAUGAUGAUGGUCCGGUGGGUCUCGCUGCCGCGGAGGGGAGCGUGAAGGUGGCGAGGCGGCCGCUGGCGCCCGGGGACGUUGUCCUCGUUGUCGCCGACGAAACGUUCUCGGGACUGUGGCAGGAUGCGCCGGAGUUCGACCUGGUUUCGCGGGUCAGCGCCGUUCCGAAGGCGGUGGUCCCGUACGAUUAUCUGUCUUUGCUGGUGUUCUGCGGCAUGCUGGGGUGGGUGCUGUUCUCCAGCGUCACCAUGGUGCGAGCGGCGUUCGCUGCCGGAGGCGUGUUGAUAGUGGGGGGAUGGGUGGACCCUAGGAAGAGCGUGGGCUACGUCGACUGGUCCUUGCUGCUGCUGGUCGGGUCAGCGCUCGGGCUGAGCAAGGCCAUCGCUAACAGCGGGCUCGCGGGGUACGCUGGGAAUGCCAUCAAAGAUUCUGGGAUGAGCGCCUCUGCCAGCCUCUACCUCCUGUACGGAUUCACCAUGGUGUGCACGGAGCUGAUCACCAACAACGCAGCGGCUGCACUCGCGGUGCCGAUCGCCCUCAGCAUAGCCAAGGAGCUUGAUGCGAGCUACAAACCCUUCGUCUUGACGGUGAUGAUGGCUGCAUCGUCGUCGUUUAUGACGCCCAUCGGCUACCAAACCAACACGAUGGUGUGGGGUCCAGGGGGCUACGAGUUCAGCGAUUUCAUACGGCUCGGAACUCCUCUGUCCCUCAUAUACAUGAUCGUCGGCAGCUUUCUCAUGCCCUGUCUGUUCCCGUUUUGACAAGGUUCAAGUGUGGCCAGCCCAUGGCGGGGUACAAUCUGCGUGGAAAGUGUGUGUACAGCGUGGGGUGGGCAUCGUGUGUGUUGUUUUUGUGCCACUUGGGUGAGUUUUGUUUUGCGACUUUUUUGGCCUCUGCAAUUCGUUUUCGCGUGAAAACCGUCUUUAUCCAUCUGCGUUUGUUCCUCGGUAGGGGCGUUGUGUGCUGAUUGUUUCUUUUUACCUCCAAGAAUUUGGAAGUAAUCGAAAGCUUUGGAACUGACUAGGGCCCAGGAACUUUGGAACGGUACUGAUGUAGUAGCUUUCAAUUUCUUUCGGAAAUUUCCAACUUUUUGCCAUUGAUACCUUGUUUGAUACAUACUGUAGCUUCGCAAAGGUUCCCCACGUUAACAUUCCAAUUGGAAAAAUUGCCAUGUACAAAACGCCUAUGGCGUCGCUCGUAGAACGUGAGUGAUUCGUGUGAAUCCGAUGGAAAGGAUUAAGAUCAAUGGCCGUGGUGUGUCUCUGUUUUUAGCAUCGACCAUGCUAGCUGGCUGACCAAGGAAAGACGACAGUACCAGCCGUGCGUGC